AAUGGUGGCAGUGAAAGGACUCAUCCUCAUCUGCCUGCUUCAGCUGAGUGUUCAAGUGGAUGUGAACAAAAUCGCCCUUGCUAAAAUGAUGAAGUAUUUCGAUGACAAUGUUCAACCAAAGCCUGGUGCUCAGUAUGCAAUAGCGAUCCGUCUCACAAAGAACCAGUGCACAGAUGAAAAGUUUUCUAUAACGUCUGUGUUCAGCCUAGCGGAUGCUAAAAUAGUAAAAGAAACAAUUAAGAACGGCCAAACAUGUGAACUCUGUACAAGCCCAAAGAAUGUAAUUGCUGCAAGGCCAAAAUCAGAAGAUCCCAAAGACCAUUCUGAGUAUCGUCUGCUGUAUCCUGUGGGUAAUUCUCCUAUGGACAAACUUUUAAAAAAUGUAGAUAAAAAUAGCUGUGUGGUUUUCUAUACUUACAACUCACCAUGUGUGAAAGAAUGCAUUAGUGGUGAGAAGAAUAUUUUGGACGGCCUUUCAAACUGGAAAAAUAAGCUAAAAGAUGGAAUAAAUGUUUUUGCCUUUCAAAGCAUCUGGGGUAAGGAUGUAACAAAGGAUCUACCUAAUGAAUUCCAAAAGAUCGAUAAGAUAGUGCCCCUUUAUCAAUGUCCUGAAGCUGAACAAAUUAACUGUUUUAAAUGUCGUGGUCAAAAGACAACCAGUUACUGCCGGACUGUCCCAGAUAACGCAUACUACCAAUACAUAAAUUACUGAAACUAUAAGCUCAGAACUGAUUUUGAAUGCUUUUGCUUUGCUGAUCUGAAUGCCAAUAAUAAGUCAGAACUGCAGUAUGUGUUUGGAGAUUUAUCUGCCAUAUUGUGUCUGUUACUUUUGUUGAAAGGCAUUG